ACCUCGAUGGAGAUAGAAAGGAAAAUAGUGGGAUAAAGUGCGUGUUUAUACGCGGAAGAAGGGAGCCAAGGUCAGUUAGCGAAGUUAGUUGCUAUUUUUUGAUCUUUCUGCGAUCUUUAUUUCCGCGACCGUCCAUUAAUCUUGAUCAGAAGUAAGGAACAUCACCUGAAUUGGAUUAUAUAUACCCGUUAAGGCUUUGCAGCUUCUUCGUUCCUCCCGUUGGCUUCUGCCAUCUUACGCUCGUUAAAUUAACGUUGUCCCUUUCGCGUAUUGCUAACUCUUAUCCGUUUUUUCAAGUCUCGGUCGGAUGCAAAUUCAUCACGUUUUCGUUUCGAUCCGCGGGAACGAGGAGGGGAGUGACGAAAUCGACCUUCGCUUAAAUUAAAGUCGAGGCGAAAAUAGGGCCCGAAGCCAUCCCGGAUUACCGGAUUUAUCGAUCGAUUCGGACUCGUGGAAGCAUGGCAACGGAAGCGCAUCUGCUUAUCCCAGCAUUUUUCAUCGAUUAAAACAUGAGCGACGUCACGUUCUCCGAGGAAGAAGCCAGCCAAUAUGGCGUCGGCAAAGUCUGCAUGCAGAAGGCGCAUUAUGUCCGGUUGAACCUCUUCUGGCUCCUCCUCCUUUUCCGUCCCAUUCUACCCGCCUCAGUCGGGUGAUCAGCUGGCCACAGCUGUCUGUCUGUGUGUCUGUGCGCGCGCGCGUGUAUGCCGUUCGGCAGCUGUGCCUCGCCGCUUCCAUCCCCGUACGCGCUCGUUCGGAUACCCGUACGACAUGCACAAUCAAGAAAUUAAAUAUCUCACUCCCGAAGAACAACAACUGCUGGCCGAUAUUCGACGAAGGAAAGCAGAACUGCUUAGAGAGAUUCAGCAACUUCGAGAUGAAAUUGCUGAAGUCACAGCAGAAAUGGAAAGGCUCGAAGCACAGGAUGAAAGUAAGACUAAUACGAAAGCAAAGCAGUUGUCCAUAGGCAAAAAGAAAUUUAACAUGGAUCCAAAAAAAGGAAUAGAGUACUUGAUAGAACAUGGUUUAUUAAAAAACACAGCAGAUGAUGUGGCACAGUUUCUAUAUAAAGGAGAAGGAUUGAAUAAAACUGCAAUUGGUGAUUAUCUAGGGGAAAGAAAUGAAUUCAACAUCAAAGUUCUCGACGCAUUUGUCGAACUUCACGAUUUUACCGACUUAAUAUUGGUCCAAGCUCUCAGGCAAUUCUUGUGGAGUUUUAGGCUACCUGGUGAAGCACAGAAGAUUGAUCGUAUGAUGGAAAAAUUCGCACAGCGAUAUUGUCAACUUAAUCCCGGUGUGUUUAGUAACACAGACACUUGUUAUGUGCUUUCGUUUGCCAUCAUUAUGCUUAACACAUCGUUGCAUAAUCCAAGCGUAAAAGAGAAACCUUCCGAAGAACAGUUUAUAAGCAUGAAUCGUGGAAUUAACAAUGGUGGCGAUCUUCCGAGAGAGCUUUUAAUGAGUUUGUACGAAAGUAUAAAACAGGAGCCAUUCAAGAUUCCCGAAGAUGAUGGAAAUGAUUUGAUGCACACAUUCUUUAAUCCCGAUCGGGAAGGUUGGUUAUGGAAACAAGGUGGACGAUACAAAAGUUGGAAGAGAAGAUGGUUCAUUCUUAAUGAUAACUGCCUGUACUAUUUUGAAUAUACUACAGAUAAGGAACCGCGUGGCAUCAUCCCUCUGGAAAACGUACAGGUGCGAGAAGUGCAGGAUCGCAACAAACCAAAUUGCUUCGAAUUGUAUUCUACGGGAAAUGACGUGAUCAAAGCCUGCAAGACCGAUUCGGAAGGAAAGGUUGUCGAGGGAAAGCACACGGUCUAUCGCAUGUCGGCUGCCACCCCAGAAGAGAAAGAAGAAUGGAUUAAAUGCAUAAGGCAAAGUAUCAGUCACAAUCCAUUCUACGACAUGCUGGCAGCCAGGAAGAGAAAAGCGCAGCACGUGAAAUGAUAGAAGACAAGAUUUUCGUUUACCCAGCGAUUACGUCUCCAUGUGAUUACCACACGUUCUGUAAAGUGACCUUUCUUCCGGGACGUGACGAACCGUCGCGCGGAAGAAUGCAAAAAGGAAAAAA